AUGCUGGGACAUAGAGUCUUUGGCAGGGCAGCGCUUCCUUCACGUCUCCGCCCCCAGACGUCCGCGGCUAUUUUUCGCCCCCGGGACGUCUUGACGAGCAUUCCUUCAGUCCCAGCGUCUUCCCUCGUUCUUCCUCCGUUGAGAAACCAGGCUGCGGACUUCCGAGGUCCUUUUACGUCAUCCAGGUCUCAGAGUCGGUCCCGGCGCCGGCCCACUUUUCGGCAAAGUGACGUGGACGUCAACAGCAAUGGCGGCCGGAGACGAGCUCCCGCCACUGCCGACGAGUGGCGAUGGCUGGACUUGUAUUUCAGGGACAAAGACCUUGAAGAAGCUUUGGAAGCAGGAGGUUGUGAUCUUGCAACUCUGAGAAAUAUAAUUCAAGGGAGACCACUGCCCACUGAUCUGAGGGCUAAAGUUUGGAAGAUUGCUCUCAAUGUUGCAGGAAAAGGUGAUAGUUUGGCAUCAUGGGAUGGUAUUUUAGAUCUGCCCGAACAAAACAAUCUUCAUGAUGAUUGCCAAGAGCUUAUUGACCAGCUUUCAGUGCCAGAGGAGAAGUCAGCAGCAUUACUGUUGGAUAUUGAAUCUGUAAUUACCUUUUAUUGUAAAUCACGCAACAUUAAAUAUAAUACAUCCCUUAGCUGGAUACAUCUGCUCAAACCCUUGGUGCAUCUUCAACUGCCGCGCAGUGAUUUGUACAACUGCUUUUAUGCUAUCAUGAAUAAGUACAUUCCAAGGGAUUGUUCCCUGAAGGGGAGACCAUUUCAUCUCUUCCGAUUACUCAUCCAGUACCAUGAGCCUGAACUUUGCUCUUUUCUUGAUACAAAGAAAAUUACUCCAGACUCCUAUGCACUCAACUGGCUUGGAAGCCUUUUUGCUUGUUACUGUUCCACUGAAGUCACCCAAGCAAUUUGGGAUGGAUAUCUACAGCAUGCAGAUCCAUUUUUUAUUUAUUUCUUAAUGUUAAUAAUCCUUGUUAAUUCAAAAGAAUUUAUUUUAGUGCAAGAGUCAGACAGUAAAGAAGACAUUAUCCAGUUCUUGGAAAAGACGCCAUCCAGUUUGAAUCUAGAAGAUAUAGAGGACCUUUUCUCUCUGGCUCAGUAUUAUUGCAGUAAAACACCAGCUUCUUUUAGGAAGGAUAAUCAUCAUCUGUUUGGCAGUACUUUGUUGGGAAUUAAGGAUGACGAUGCUGAUCUGAGUCAGGCUCUUUGUCUGGCUAUCUCCGUGUCAGAGAUCCUGCAAGCAAAUCAGCUGCAAGGGGAAGGAGUCCGGUUCUUUGUGGUGGAUUGUCGUCCUGCAGAACAGUAUAAUGCUGGGCAUUUAUCAACUGCUUUCCACUUAGAUUCAGAUCUGAUGCUCCAGAAUCCAUCUGAGUUUGCACAGUCAGUAAAAUCCUUGCUUGAAGCACAGAAGCAGUCCAUUGAGUCUGGCUCAGUAGCUGGUGGAGAGCACCUUUGUUUCAUGGGCAGUGGCCGGGAGGAAGAAGACAUGUAUAUGAACAUGGUCCUGGCACACUUUUUACAGAAAAACAAAGAAUAUGUGAGCAUUGCCAGUGGAGGAUUUAUGGCACUGCAGCAGCACCUGGCAGACAUUAAUGUGGAUGGACCAGAAAAUGGAUAUGGCCACUGGAUUGCAAGUACUUCAGGCUCAAGGAGUAGUAUCAAUUCUUCUGUUGAUGGGGAAUCUCCUAACGGCUCCAAUGAUCGAGGAAUGAAAUCCCUAGUGAACAAAAUGACUGUUGCUCUGAAGACAAAGUCUGUUAACGUCAGGGAAAAAGUUAUCAGUUUUAUUGAGAAUACUUCGACUCCUGUGGACCGAAUGUCUUUCAAUCUUCCUUGGCCAGACAGAACAUGUACAGAGCGGCAUGUGAGCAGCAGUGACAGAGUGGGCAAGCCUUACCGUGGCGUGAAGCCUGUUUUCAGCAUUGGAGAUGAAGAAGAAUACGACACAGUUCUUCAGAAUUGCAUUUCUUUAAAAUGCUUUUUUUUCUGCCUCUCUCUCAGCCAUCUCUUAGUUACUGCGACACAUAUGUAUUGCUUAAGGGAGAUUCUUUCACGGAAAGGAUUAGCUUAUAUACAGUCUAGACAAGCACUCAAUUCGGUAGUUAAAAUAACAUCGAAAAAAAAACAUCCUGAGCUAAUUACUUUCAAGUAUGGAAACAGCAGUGCUUCGGGAAUAGAAAUCUUGGCAAUUGAAAGGUACUUGAUUCCAAAUGCAGGGGAUGCUACCAAAGCCAUAAAACAACAGAUCAUGAAAGUGUUGGAUGCUUUGGACAGUUAAUCUAAAAGAAGCCAUUUAAAAAGAAAUGAAGGCAACUAAGAAAAACAUGGACCUAUUUUCCUGACUGAAUACUAAUUAGAGAUACCUUUCAUGUGCUUGUGGGGGUGCUUGAAUAACAGUCUACAAAAGUGUAAAUUAUAAUCAAUCUCUGAAAAGUUAAAAAAAAUUUUGAAACCUCCUUUUGCAUUUUCAGUUUUGUAAAGUGUUUUACUAAGUGAAUUUGAAGUAACUAAUCCCAUACCCUCAUGGACCAAGGGUACAACAAACAGUUCUAUUUUGAAGAGCUGUUCUAAGGGAACAUGCAUCACUUUUAGGUUUAAAAAUAACCAUAUACAAAUAUACUUGGCAAUAUUUUCACUGAAAAUUAGAGAUAGAAUUAGUUGGAGAGACUCCCUUUUACUUUUAUCCUCUGAGAAAUAUCAGAAACUAAAAAGUUUUACACAGGCUAAUUAACUGUUUCUGUUCUUAAAAAGAGUGAAUUCUUUUUAAUGAAAUAAAGGAAUAUUCUAGCCAACUGAAAAAUAUAGUUCAACUAGGAAAAUGUUGAUAUUUCAGUUUCUAAAUCACGUUUACACCUUUAGCUAAUAAAUUGCAAACAGUGCUUCAGAAGUACUAAAGCACCUCCUCAUAGUUUCUAAGGAGUAACAGAAGCUUUAUAAUAAAAUAAGCAUGUGAGCCUAAAAUUGCCAUUUGGGGAUCAGAAUUUCAUCUGGAAAAAAGUCUUUAUUAUAAAUUGGAUAUUUUGAUUUAGGAUAUUAUAAACAAGUAUUUCUCCUCAUUGAGAUUAUGGUCUGUGACCACACUAACUUCCACUUAAAGCCAAAUAAUCAGUUUAAUGAAUGAUAAUUCUUUUCAUUUACAGAAAUUUAUCUUCUUUUGAUUUUCAUUUAUUAAAGUUCCAUUGAUUUGAAAACAAGUUUUUUCUUUUAAUACAAAAAAAGAAAGUGAUCUAAUUUAUUUUGCAGUCUGCAUUUUAAUUUAUUGAAAUGUGUAGUAGACACAUUUGAUUUUAAAAAGGGAGUGCAUUUGGGGUUAUGAAAUAACUUAUGAAAGCUAUUUGGAAAAUAGCAAAUCCACACAAUCUUUCAUGCUCUAUGUUCAUCGGUUGAUAAGAGAAAUAUUUAGAUAUACCCUGUUAACAGCCAGUAUUUUAGUAUAGUUAAUGGCAAUCAAGUGAACAGAAGGCAACAUAAUUCAAGAAAUUUUAUUCUGAUACCUAAAUUUUUAAAAUUUGAGUGGUUGAGGACAUUUGUAUGAAAUUGCACCUCGUACAAUUCUUGUUAUUUAUAACUCUUCCCCUGCCACUGUUCCCUUUUCCCUUUUCUUGACUCCUUGUAGAAAUGUCCAAAGUCUGAUUUCUCCCCACUCUGCCAUGGGGCUUUUUUUCAUAUUAAUGUAAAGAUGUUUGUGUUACUGUUUGUAAAUUAAAAUUGUAAAUAAACAAGUACAGUUUAUGCAAAACUGUUUUUAAUGAAAA